AUGGAAGAAAGCGUUGAGUACCAAAAGAAGAGUUGGAUUGCUCUAAAAAAGAGCAUCAAUGGACUGCUCAAUAAAACGAAUAAAGCCAACAUAAAAUACAUCAUUCCCGAAUUAUUUGGGGAGAAUUUAAUCCGUGGUAGGGGCUUGUUUUGCAGAUCAAUUAUGAAAUCACAAUUGAAUUCUCCUAUUUUCACCGAUGUUUUUGCAGCAUUGGUUGCUGUUAUUAACACGAAAUUCCCACAAAUUGGUGAACUUUUGUGUAAGAGGAUCAUUCUGCAAUUGCAAAGAGCUUAUUAUAGCAACAAUAAUAAUAAACCUCAGAUGUUAGCAACUGUAAAGUUUAUUGCUCAUCUUGUUAAUCAGCAAGUUGUUCAUGUACUUAUAGCUUUGGAAUUAGUUACACUUUUACUCGAUAAACCUACCGAUGAUAGUGUUGAUGUUGCUGUUGAUUUCGUUAAGGAAUGUGGUUCGAUUCUUCAGGAUCUGUGUCCCUUAGGGUUGCACGGUGUUUUUGAGCGAUUUCGAGGAAUACUUCAUGAAGGGGAAGUAGAUAAAAGGGUUCAGUUCUUAAUUGAAGACCUUUUUGCAUUGCGAAAACACAAGUUUCAGCUAGCUGUUCCUCCGGAACUUGACCUUGUUGAGGAGGAAGAUCAAUUAACACAUGAAAUCUCUCUUGGAGACGAGGUAGACCCGCAAAUUGAAUUAGAUGUUUUCAAGCCAGAUCUUAAUUUUGUCCAAAAUGAAAAUAAGUAUGAAGAAUUACAAAAGAGGAUUCUAGGAGGUGGUGAUCAGGAUGAAGAAUCUGAGGAUGAUGAUGAAUCAGAUGACGAGGACGAGCAAAUUGAAGAUGAGACAGAGACAAACUUGAUCAAUCUUCGAAGGACGAUUUACUUAACUAUUAUGUCAAGUGCUGAUUUUGAAGAAGCAGGGCAUAAGCUGUUGAAAAUCAGACUAGAGCCAGGUCAGGAGACGGAGUUAUGCAUAAUGUUAUUAGAAUGUUGUAAUCAGGAGAAGACUUUUCUCAAUUACUAUGCACUUUUGGGGCAGCGGUUAUGUAUGAUCAACAAAGUUCACCAGAAGAAUUUCGAGAACUCAUUCGUGCAACAAUACUCAAUGAUCCAUCGACUUGAAACUAAUAAACUGCGUAAUGUAGCAAAGUUUUUUGCUCAUUUACUUGGUACUGAUGCAUUGCCUUGGCAUGUUUUGGCUUAUUUAAGAUUGACAGAAGAGGACACAACAUCUUCUUCACGUAUAUUCAUCAAAAUCUUAUUCCAGGAGUUGUCAGGGCAACUUGGCAUCAAUACAUUGAAUGAUCGUCUUAGUGACCCAUCUAUGCAAGAGUCGUUUGAGUCGAUAUUUCCAAAGGAUAGUCCCAAAAAUACGAGGUUUGCUAUCAACUUCUUCAUAUCCAUUGGUCUAGGUGGGAUAACUGAAAAUCUGCGAAACUAUCUGAAGAACAUGCCAAGGCAGCAAGACAAGCGUGUUUUCAGAUCAAGUGAAUCAGAUGAUGUUCAUCAAAGUAAGAGGAGGAGGAGAAGUUAG